UUUUACUGUGUGUGCAUUGGGGGGUUCUGUGCCCUUUGCAAACCUGGUGCUUGUGUGUUAUUAUGCUUUGAGACGUGCACGCAAACCAAACUUUCUGUCGGACACCUACUACCAGCUCCCCCUAUAAUUCAGUUUCAAUCCCGGGACAUUGUAAACACCUUCAUUUGAUCAGUAGAUUUUUUCUUUUGUGUAUUAACCACCUUUGCGCCGUGGGUUUAUUUUCAAGCCACGAAAGAUGUCGGGAAAAUGCGUUUCAAUCGACCUGGUCUCAUAAGUUGGGAUGCGCAAUGUGAGAGGAACUCACUCAUGGACGUCACUGAACUUGCCUAGAGGAGGACGGCCCCAUUGCAUCCCCCUUCUGAACUGACUUCUGUAAAAGUGUCCUCCUCCAGUUAUCGAAGAGAAAACUAGUGGCUGGACCACUGAUAUUGUACUCUACCCAGCACCUGUGAGACCCGCCACCCCUAGCGCCACCAUGCAGACCUCCUCUCUACGUCGGCAGAUGAAAAACAUGGUCAACAACUACUCCGAGGCGGAGAUCAAGGUACGAGAGGCCACCUCGAACGACCCCUGGGGCCCGCCUAGCUCGCUCAUGUCGGAAAUUUCCGACCUCACCUUCAACGUGGUGGCCUUCACCGAGGUUAUGGGAAUGAUCUGGAAGCGCCUCAACGACCACGGCAAGAACUGGCGCCACGUCUACAAGGCCCUCACGCUGAUGGAUUACCUGAUCAAGACGGGCUCGGAGCGCGUGGCCCAGCAGUGCCGGGAGAACAUCUUCACCAUCCAGACUCUGAGAGACUUCCAGUUCACUGACCGGGAUGGACGUGACCAGGGGGUCAAUGUGAGGGAGAAGGCCAAGCAGCUGGUCACCUUGAUGAGGGACGACGACAAGCUGAAGCAGGAGAGGACCCAGGCCUUGAAGACCAAGGAGCGAAUGGCAGGAGCUGCAGCUGGGAUGGGCUCUGGUUCUCUGCCACCCCCGUACCCAGGGCGCCGCACCAGCCAGCCCAGCAUGGCAACUCUGUACGGGGAUGAGUUUGGCCGGUCCAGAGGGUCACCCUCCUCCUUCAACUCCUCCUCCUCUUCUCCUCAUGUAGCCUCCGACCUGGAGCAGGCCCGCCCCCAGACCAGCGGGGAGGAGGAGCUACAGCUGCAGCUGGCCUUGGCCAUGAGCCGAGAAGAGACUGAAAAGCCGCCUCCCCCUCCCGUGGAUAUUGACGAGCAGACACAGCUCCAGAUCGCUAUGAGCCUCAGCAAGGAGGAGGCCCAGAAGCCCGCCCCUCGCCCUCCGGUUGCCUUGGAUAUGGAUGAAGACGCGCAGCUCCAGAUAGCCCUGAGCCUGAGCAAAGAGGAGCACCAGCAGGAGCAACGGAGUCGCCAGGGAGACGAGUCGUUGUUCCAGAAAGCUCUUGAGGAGAGCAAGAAAGAGAUGCAGUCCACUGGAGGCGGGUCGGCCAUGAAGGACCUUGUAGAUGUUUUUGCGGUGGCCUCUGAAGCGUCCCCUAGUCACCCACCCUGGGACCUAUCAGGAGGGGCCGCCCGUCUGCCCAGCUCUGACCCCUGGGACUCCCUGGUGGAUGCACGCUCCUCUGCCUCAGGGAUAGAAAUACCCUGGAUGGCACCUCCAGCUUCCAGCAGCCCAGUUCCUCCCUGGGAGCGCACACGGUCCCCUCCGGAUCCAUGGGAGGCCCCGCACGGUGCACCCAGCCCCAAACCCAACCUCAGUUCUGGCUCCAGCACCCAACCCUGGGCCUCUCCUGCCAACACAGGUGCAUCGGGCGUAGAUCCCUUCACUGGUCCGGCAGCUAAAGUCCCUUCUCGACCUGGGAGCCCCUCGGACGGAGACCUGUUUGAUGAGGCCAUGGACGGGGGUCAAGUGAAUAUGAAUGGGCGAGGUGAGGGCAGUCCAGAGAUCUUUGACCUGUCCCGCCUGGGUGAAAGUCUGGCCGCCCCCAGUCCACGGGCCUGUCGGACGCCUGAGGCCUUCCUGGAUCCCACCGCAGCCUCGCUGGUCAACCUGGACAUCCUGAUCCCUGCUAACCCCCCAGCCAAGACCAAGAACCCCUUCCUGUCAGGACUGAGUGCUCCCUCGGCCACCAACCCAUUCCAAAGUGAACAGCCCCGCCUGACCCUGAAUCAAAUGCGUCCCAGCUCCACCUCCCCAGUGCCUCCAGCCGCCACCCUCCCGUACAGCGCCUCCUUGCCCCUGCCCGCCAGCCACCAGCCUUCCAGUCUGCCCUCCUCCCUCACCCACCCCACCCAGCCCAGCCAGGACAUGCCUGGGAACCUGCCCCAGCCCCUUCUGCCCCUCUUCCAGGCUACAACUCUGAACCAGCAGGCUGACCAGCACAGUCAGAACCCCUUCCUAUGAGGUCCAAAGGGACUGGACCAAAACUCGGAGGGAGAGUGGCGAUACCGUUAGCAUUAGGUUAUGUGGGAAAGACGGUUUCUUCUACAGUUGUAUUGUUGAACCUAACCUCAGACUCAACUGGAACUCUGAACUGAAAUCAUUCAGUUUAGUUUUUUUUUAUAUGGGCCAUGAUACUGUAACCCUUAGAUUGCUGCCUGCUGAACUUUUCUCUCUGUGAUCACACCCUGUCGUGUUCCUUCUGUGUAGGAAGGAGUGACAGAGGAAGGCAUUUAGGCUAGUGUGUGGCAAUAGAGAACAUUGUCAUGUAGAAUCUUGUCAUAAGGCCAAUCCGCAUUUACUUCUGCUACAAGCAUCUGUCCAGUUACAUUCAUUGCUAAAAAGCACAGUUGAAUUAGACAUGUUGAUGCCACAGUACUAGACUAUUGUUUAGUGAGAAAGUGUGGAACUUUUUCUCAACUUCAAGUCACAUGUCCACUCUUCCUGCUUUUCCUGAUUGGACCACAUUGCUCUUGAUCCAGCCACUGAUUGUAUACCAGAUAUGCCUGUUUAUCUGACUGAUGUUCCAGGAAAGCCCUGGGCUAACUCACCUGCCCCUCUGCUGAGCUGCACUGUCAGGUCCACUGGUCCCUCUUCUGUUUGGAAGGACUUACUACUGACGACACAAUGCAUAGAGGCCUGCCAACAAACCCAUCCAGAUAAUGACACAUGGUUUUAAUUCCCUUUGUUGCAGUAAAAUUGCUCACUCAAAGGACUUGGUGGAUUGUUGCUCGAAGAGUACUGGUGAGGAAGAGGCUGAAGUUUGCUUCUAUUAUAAUAGACUGGGACUGUGGGGUAAAGUAAAUAUACAUUGGGUAUUUUCAAGCAAGAGGCAACUUCAUAGAAUUUUAGAAAAAUCUGGAUUUUUAAAUUGCUUGUUGCUUGUGAAACACUGAUUCUCAUGAAAUAUAAUGGCUAUAAUUAACCAAUAUGUGCAAUUCAUUGUUUAUUUUGACAUCUUUUCAUUAUUUGCUUUGCUUUGCUAACAUUUAUUUUCACCAUUCAAUAUAACAUGUACAAAACCUUGUUUAUGACAUCACUAUUUAUUUACAAAUACUUCAUAAAACAUGAACAAGCACAAUUAAAUAUGUAGAGUGUUGCCCCCUGCAGGCCAGCAGUGACAAUGCAUGUAUUGUUAAUUUCUUUUUAAUGCCCCAGACCAAAAUACUUUGGUCAUACACCUGUUCAUAAUUGUUAUGUACAUCCCUCAUGUGUAAUACAGGUGUAUAAUGUAUGGAUAAUACCAUAAUUUGCCUGCUGGAAUAUGACUAGAAUAGGAUAUGGCAUCAAAUGGCAGUGUUUUAAAUCACCAUAAUCGCAUAAAAAGUACAAGAUACAAGGCAAUGAUA